AUGUACGACGACGACUACGAUCGUAAUGAUCCGAGACGCCUCAGCUACAUAACCUCUCCACUGGGCGAGUCUAUCACCACCAUCCCGCGAACCGCCGCAGGUGCCGAGUCGCUCUCCCCGUCUUCACCUCUACAGAACUCGUUUUCCGGGCAAACGAUACCAGGGAAUGGCCAACAGCGACCGCCACUUGUUGAGAAGUGGUCCUAUGAAGCUGCAUCUGAUGCCGGACAUUCCGAUGACACUCGGCCGCCCUCUGAAACAGCGACCUCCUCCUUCCCACUCAACGAUAUCGACUACGAGUCCAAUCCCGCGGCCGUAGCCCAAGAAUUGAAUAACCUCGCGGCAAUCCGACGCAUGUCCAUGGAUGUGGCUGCCGCCGGGGACCCUGACCUUCCCGGCUUCUCCCCACCCCCCAGUCCAUCGGCCGACGAAGAUGAUGCCUCACGCUUAUUCUGGGUGCCCGCGCGAUUGCACCCUGAGCUGGCCCCCAAAGAGUUCAAAUCAUUCUUGGACAGCAAGGCGGAUCACAUAAAGCGCAGAUCUGGGGAUUACUCUAAGGAACGCAAAGGAUCGACAGGUGGGCUUCAUCGCAAGAAGUCUAUGCUGUCAAGGCAGAUCGACAAUUCCUCGGGUUAUACGGAUGGUGCGGAUCGGCUUGAACGACAGCGCUCGCAGUCAAGCAAGCGAGAAGCCGUUCUCAGUCCUAAUCUACAGCAAUUGGAAACCCUGGUGGAUGAUUCAAACCCCGUGGAUAAGGACACGCUUCUGCGUGGGAUGCAAAAUGCUAGCAUCAAGGAUGAGGACAAACCGAUUUUACCUCCUGCGCCUUUGGGAAACAGUUUGAGACGCUCCACUCGGACGCAGUACAUCAAAGCGGGCACUGUGAAAAAGGGCGAAAAAUUACCCUACUCCAAGCGCGUGGGCCGGGGGGCCUCAGAGUCCGCAGGAAGUGACACAGGUUCCAGGACGAUUUCACAGCAUGAGGAUCAGGCAAUUCCAGGCUCAACGCGCGUGUCAACUGACCAUGCCCCUAAUGCGGCGACACGGCGUGCGCGAACCUCGUCUACCUCCUCUAGGAGCGGCGCUUAUUCCCCGGCUCUCUCCGCAAGCUCGACAUUCGAAUCUAUCGCCGAUCACCCCGAGGCCGAGCAAGAAGAAUUCCCCACACCCGGGGGGCAUGGAGAUGCUACCGCGGACCGACCUGAAUCGAGGGAAUCGGAUCACUCACGGCAAUGGCAAUCUAGCAUCAGCUCGAAUGGACGCUCCACCGUCAACACCGCCCCGGCACAACAGAAUAUCCCGGCAAUCGUUGAAACACCACCCGCUCCUGAGCCCACACGCAGCUCACCCCCUCAAAGUGCCCGGUCGUCAGAUCCUCCCGCGGCAGCGGCACCACAGAAACCUUCACAUCCCCACGAGUCGUCAUCAAAACGCUCGAAAAAUGCUCGCCAGCCUCAAGAACCAGCAUCCUCGCUUGACGACUUGUCCAGUAACCCGCAGAUGGUGCCUGGUAAUAGCACCCGCACCGACAGUCUUUCUUUGAUACCUACUCUCCCAGAAGAGCGCAAAAGCGAAGAGCGAAAGUCCGACACGAAAAAAUCAAAGGACAAGAAAGACUCCGAAGGCAGCCGCAAGUCUAGCUGGCAUUGGUUACUGGGUAGUGAAGAAAAAGACAAGAAAAAAGACAAGGACAGUGACUCCAAAAAGAGCAAAUCAAAAGGCUCUGAUAAAGCUCAUGACAACACGCGCACGGAUGCACUCCAGUCCUCAAGUGAGAGUACACCUCGGGCACGCGAAAGUCUGAUUUUGGAUCGACUAGACCCGAAGCUAGACGAAGAACGCCGCAAAGACAGCGUAAGGAGGACAUCAGGGGAUUCGAAGAAAGAAAAAGAUGGUAUAUUUUCCUCCAUCUUCGGUGGUGGCCGAAAAAAGCACAGCAGUGAAGGUCAUCAUCGCAAACAUUCAUCCCGAAACCUGUCCCCUGAGCCCCCGAUGCGGAUACUUCGUGCUGAUCUUGAUUAUCCUUGGACCCGGUUCUCCAUCUUGGAGGAAAGGGCUAUUUAUCGCAUGGCACAUAUCAAACUUGCAAAUCCCAAACGAGCCCUGUACUCUCAGGUAUUGCUGAGUAACUUUAUGUACUCAUACCUGGCCAAGGUCCAGCAAAUGCAUCCUCAAAUGUCAUCUGCAUCAUCUGGAUCCUCCCAUCGAUCAUCCUCAAAGUCCAGGGACCAGCCAGAUGAGUAUACGCAAUACCAGCGAUACCAGGAGGCUCAGGCUCAGGCUCAGGAGCAGCACUACGCGGAACGCGGAUAUGAUGACUCCUCUGCUUACGACUAUGACGACGAUCCACAUGAUCGCUACGGCGCUCAGUCCAGGGGCAGCAAGCAGGGUUAUGAAAAUGGCAAUGCUUACGGCCCUGGACAUUAUCAGUAUGGACACUCGUCGUUUGGCGACGACGUCCAACUAGAUGACGAUGAUGACGAUGAUAUGUGGUGA